CCCUCGUGGUAAGGAGGAGCAGCAGCAGCGGAGCAGGUGUCAGCACCUGUCAUGGGGAGGGAGCCUACCUGUUAUAGUUGAAGUCAUUUGUAAACUAAUACUAACAGUAUUAAAGCUCAUAUUAUUGUAAAGAAUGCUGCAUUAUUUGUGGGAUUCUAUAGAAAUGGAUGUACUCCCAAAAGCGCAUAAUGCCUCUCCAUGACUUUAAUACGCUAUUUCUGACAUGGCCUCUGAUGGUUCACCAUCGCGAGAUUCGAAGAAGAAGAAAAAGAAGAGCAGUAAAAAAGGGAAAAGUGAAGAUGCUGAGGAUGCAGAGGUUCGGGUGGAUAUAGAGAGUCUUACAGCAUGUGGACACAGUGCUCUACAGCGGGGAGACUGUGCUGAGGCUCUUGAGUACUUCAAGAAGGCUUUCAAAGCUGCUGCGAAGCUCAAGGAGACUAAGGUACAGCGAGCCUGUGCCUUUAAUCUGGGAGCAGCGUAUGUGGAGGCAGGUAAACCCCAGAAAGGGCUGGAUUUUUUGUCUAGAGCAGAGACAGGGGAGAGGGGAGAGCGGGUGGCAGACCUGCAGUUUAAUCUCGCAGCAGCCCAUGAAACUCUGGAGAACCACUCCCAAGCAUCCAGGCAUUACCUGCAGGCAGCACAGCUCUAUCGCUCACAGGGAGAUGGCGGCAGUGAGGGGGACACCUGCCUCAGACUGGCCCGCUGUCACCUGCGCAGGAAGGAGUGGCCUGAGGCAGUGAACAGUUACCUGCGUGCAGCAGAAAGCUAUAAGGUUGCAGGAAAACCUGCCUCUGCUGCAGUGGCGCUGAAGGAUGCUGGAAACCACAUGGUGCAGUGUGACGGCUUCUCAUCAGAUGAUGUCAUCAGCGUGCUCACAGAGUGCUUGGAGCUGAGUGCCAAUAUCACAGAGCAGGAGGCUCUCGGGAAGCUGUAUAAUGCGGUGGGUCUGAGUUUCUCUCAGCUGAAUCUGUUUCCUGAGGCUGCUGAGUGCUAUGGGCUGGCUCUGCCUCUGGUCCAGUCCACACCUCGCCGGCGGGUCGUGGUGCUACAGAAUCUGGGUGCGGUUCACAACACUUUGGCCCAGUUCCAACAAGCCCUGAAGUACCACAGAGAAGCAGCUGCUCUUCACGGAUCACUGGGCAGCCGUCGAGCUCAGGGUCGCUGCUUCUGCAACCUGGGUUAUGCCCUCACUGAGCUUGGCGAACUGGAAGAGGCAGGAGAAAGUUAUCUACAUGCUCAACAGGCCUUUAAAGACAGCGAUGACUCCUCGGGGCAGUGGCAAGCAUGUGAAGGUCUGGCUGGAAUCAAAAUGAGAAUGAACGAGCCAGAGAAAGCCAUUGUCUACUACAAACAGGCCUUAGCAGUGCUCUCCAAAUGCAAGGAUGUCUCUAGCUCUGUGCAGGAAUCUCUGGUCAAUAAACUGAGUGAAGCUUUGCAGGUGAAACUGGCUGUGCAACAGCGUGUUCCCAUGCAGAGAGGCCCUUAUCCACGCCGAGCCGUUCAGGAGAGAAUGCUCCACAGGCAGCGCGUGACUGACACAAGAAUAGUUGAGGAAUCUCUGGAGGAGCAGCGAAGAAGAGAAAUGCUGAACAGUCGCAGGAUAGAGAAUAACUCCCAGGAGUUUAAUAAAGAAUGGAGACCUAAGGAAACAUAUGGACCCAGGAAACCUCAUGGUGACAUGAUUAUGCCAUCAAGAAUAACAAACACAGAACAGCCUGCCUACGUGAAUGCACUACCAGAGGCCAACAGGAAUCUGAAUAACACGUACGAGAAACCUGAUGUUCAGCACCAGAAUCCCACGCCAGACUCCCAUGCCUUCUCACAGCAGGAACCCAAAGGUGAAAUCUCAAGGCAGAAGCCUGAUGAGUUGAGAAGUGAGCCUCUACUGGAGGAAAGCACAGAGGAGUCACCUGUCAACCCUGAAGAGCUUGCUGGCGAGGAGUCCACACCCUUACACAGGAAAAUUAGGUCCAGAUUUUGUACUGUCAUGUGACCUGCUGUGGACCAACAUGAUUUUUGGGUUAUUUCACUAAGAAGCUGAGCCUGAAGGAUGACCUGAAGAAGGAGGGAUGACUUUGCUGUAUUAUUAAUAUUGACUGAAUCUGCUGAUGCCAUAUGAAAAUCUGAUCUGGGCACAGUGCUUUCUGCAUAUAGAAGGAUUUGCUGAUUCUCCUGGCCUCAGUCUAAGAAUCCAUUUACACCUGCCAUCAACAAGGUUGAGAUAACGUAUCAAUCAAUUGCACAGAUCAUACCGUUUCCUGUCACCACAUUAUAAAUGAAACUCUACUCGUGUCCACAGCAGCAGCAGCGUCUCUGAGGCUCAUUCUGAUAUUUUUCUCUUCUUAGUCUGCUGGGUUGACUCCUCCAGUGGAACAGACUCUGUGCUCUGUUACAUUUAUACACCAGAAAACAGCAUCUGUGACUGGCUCUACUCCAGGACAAUGGAGGAAACUCAGCCUGAUUGUCGUUUGCAUGUGAAUUUGUUUUCCUAGGAUUUAAAAUUGGAUAUUUGUAAGACAUCUUUACCAUGGAUUUAUAAAUAUAUAUAUUUUUACAUUUAUUACAACA